UGUUACAACUUCAUAAAUUUUGAAAUAUAUUCAUGUAUAAAACACUUAAUUGAUUUAUAUAAUAGCAUGGGAUUUGAUAAUAUGUCAAAAUUUGAGGUUAAGAAUCCAGAGUCACGAAAACGAACGAAAAAAAAAUGUAAAUCAAAAGGAAUUACAAAUAAAGCAAACAAUAAUGUUGAUAUCCCAGAAUAUGAUACUAAUCAAGUGAAUGAAGUAAAUGAACUAAACAUGAAAAAACAAAAGGAAAAGAAAAAAAUGUCAAAUACUAUCAAUGACAUUCAUAAAAAAAUAAUUAUGGAUAAUGAAGAAGAAAAUAACAAAGAAAAAAAUAAUUGGGAUGAAGAAGAAUCAAAUGAUGAAGCAACACCACCAAAGAAAAAAGCAAAUAUACAUGCAGGAAAUAGUUUAAAUGACAUAGAAGAAAUUCAUAAAAGUGAUAUAAAAGGUCCAAAACAACCUUCUAAAAGACAGAUGAAAAGAGAAAAAGCUGAGAAAAAAGUGAAUGAGAAAAGAAUGGCUAAUAAAAUGGAAGCGAUAAAGAAAGGACUUAAUUAUGUUUCAAAGUGGAAACAUGCACGGACUGAAUGGAAAUUUGAAAAAUUAAGACAAAUUUGGUUAAUUGACAAUUUGUUAGAUGAAACUUCUAUACCAGAUGACAUUUUUCCAACAGUUUUAGAAUAUUUCGAAGGUUGCAAGGGAAUGGCAAGAGAACAACUUUUAAAAAAGGGCAUGGAUGUUAUAAGGAAAGUAGAAGAAAAUGAAGAAAAUAAAAAUGAAGUAGAAUCUAUUGCUUAUCAAAGGGCAAGAAGGCUUUUACAAGCUUUACCUACUGAAACCUAAUUCAUUUGAAGUUGUACUUAAAGGCUGUCAACUAUUUGAUAUUUUUAUUGACAUUGAACAAUCUUUUUAUACAUUAGUAAACAUUGUUUUUUAUUUGUGAAACAAAAUGUAUCAAGUUUUUGUAAA